CAUUUCUGUCCAAUCUCCGCGCUCUGAAGUGACACAAUGGAACCUACGAGGAUAGAAAAGAUGGAGGCAGCGCGCGAGCGCACGCAUAGAAACUUCUACCUCUCUAGCUGGAGGCUGGUCAUCUAUUGUUUCUUAUUAAUUGUUUCUUAUUAAGGAAAAACAAAAAAAGGACAUCAUUAAUGAAGGAAAAUACGUUCAAUACACUGAACGUGGACAAGGGUAGGAAAACUUUAAACGCGUAUUUGAUUUGAUUGUGCGCAAAUUACGCAUCGUUUUCUCUUCAACAACUGAGCUGUUAUGGGAACCCCUCUUUCUGUUGUGAGGGUGUGCUGAAUUUUUACAGCUGCUGUCAUCUAAUAAUUAUUAUUAUUUUUUUUUAAUAUGAUGAAGAAGGACAUGAUUUUAAACCUGGCAACUUCCACAAAUUUAAAGCCCAAUCUCCGCGACACCGAGAGCAUCCUCAUCUCCCCGGACCUUGGCCUGCUGAAACUGGCCUCCCCGGAGCUAGAGAGACUCAUCAUUCAGUCCAACGGAAUGGUCACAACAACACCGACCUCUCAGUUCCUCUACCCCAAGUCCGUAACCGACGAACAGGAGUUUGCAGAGGGAUUCGUCAAGGCUCUCGAGGAUUUACACAAACAGAACCAGCUGAACGGCGGAACGUGCGCUCAAAUGAACAGUAUGGACUUAAGCACCAACGUUGCUCCUGUCACCAUACACCUGGACUUACCCGUCUAUACGAACUUGAACAGUUACGGCAAUGGGCCUUUGGGCACCACUGUCAAUUACUCCACAGACACUGUUCCCUUCCCACCACCUCCCUCUCAUCAUUUAGGCUCCACACAACAGCAAGCGCAUUCCCGGCUGCAAUCCUUGAAGGAUGAGCCGCAGACAGUCCCUGACGUGCACAGCUUCGGCGACAGUCCGCCACUGUCGCCUAUCAACAUGGACACGCAGGAGCGCAUUAAAGCCGAGAGGAAAAAGCUGCGGAAUAGAAUUGCUGCGUCCAAGUGUAGAAAGAGGAAACUGGAGAGGAUAUCCAGACUCGAGGACAAAGUUAAGAACCUAAAAACUCAAAACACUGACCUAGCCUCAACGGCAAAUGUACUCCGGGAACAAGUGGCUCAGCUAAAACAAAAGGUUUUGAAUCAUGUGAACAGCGGAUGCCAGUUAUCACCACAUCAAGUUCAAGUGUACUAGUAGCAGGAUGACAUUUGUCAACCAGCAUAAAUAAGCUCAUUAACCUUUUUUUGUUGGCUCUCAAAUAUUUCCACUAUGUGCAUGGAGCCAACGACGUUACAGACUGAAAUGACUUCACUAAUGUACGUUUUUGUGUACUGUUUACACAUUAUUUCUCAUGGGUGUACUUUACAUAGACAGUCCCAAGACUUGACCAAACCAGCAUACCGUUAUUGUAUUACUAUAUCAUAGCCUUAUACUGAAAGUAAAAAGUAUUUGCAUGUUUAUUGACAAACUCGAAUGUUACCUAACAGGGUUGGGCACAUGCCAUUUCUUAUGCAUUGUAACGUGUUUAAACAAGCAUUUAUGAACAGAUUACAUGUACAUUUUAUAUUCAAUGCUCCAUAGUGUCUUAUUUCAGUGUUUUCUUAUAUUAAUGUGAAGCUGUCAUCUUUUGUUGCACUGAAUAGUUUAUUUCACAUUCCUAUUUUUACUUGGAUUCUGAUAUCAAAUAAACUUUGCUUGAUAAUACAAGUCA